UCUACUAUCUAUCAUCAUCGGAGCAACAUCGCAGAUCAAAGUCUAAUUUCUGAAACCGUCUCUGUUCGUAGAAUCGACACCAAUAACUUUUCAAUCCUGCCAAACCCUAACCCUAACUCCGUCUACGUCUCCGUCUCUGUCUCUGUCUCUGUCUCUGUCUAUAUGUAUCUAUAGAUAUCUAUCUGGUUAUCAGCUGAUCAGAUCGCGGGUAUAAGUGUACAUUGAUUUAUAUAUCUAUAAAGAGAGAAAAUAUUCUAACCGGAGGGACAAAUUUUUGGUAGAAUUCUAAUUGUUUCUCUCUCACCCUCCCCGUGUCUCCUUCAAAACUGUCAAUGCUCACCCCACUGUGUGUUCAGUACAAGGCCGAAGUCGUUGAGAUCUCUAAGAAUCCCUUUCCAUUUUCAAUUCUGACCCUGAAUUUGACAAAAACUUUCUGGAUUUCGUUGGUUCCAUGCCCCUGAAGCUGUAUGAACAACCAGUAUGGGCGCUGAGAAGAAAUGGCUCUUCGCUCUCUUCUCCGCUGUGUUCCUCUCCUUUAUGCUCUUCCUAUCCUCGAUCUCUGGCUUCAGCGCCUCCUACUACGCCUCCCACGGGGCCCUUGCCGCCGCCGUCGGCCGCGGCGCUGCCUACCCUCCGACAUUUGCGUACUACAUCUCCGGUGGCAGGGGCCACGGGGACAGGAUUUUCCGCCUGUUGCUGGCGGUGUACCAUCCGCGGAACCGAUACUUACUGCAUAUUGGGGCUGAUGCCUCUGAUGGUGAGAGGCGGAAAUUGGCUGGUUUGGUGAAGUCAGUGCCGGCGAUUCGGGCUUUCGGGAAUGUGGAUGUGGUGGGGAAGCCUGAUCCAUUGACGUACAUGGGGUCUUCCAACAUUGCCGCAGUGCUGCACGCGGCGGCGGUGCUGUUGAAGGUCGAUAGUGGUUGGGAUUGGUUUAUUACCUUGAGUGCCUUGGAUUAUCCAUUACUUACCCAAGAUGAUUUAUUCCAUGUCUUCUCCUCUGUCCAGAGAGACGUCAAUUUCAUUGAUCACUCAAGCGAUCUUGGAUGGAAAGAAGAUCAAAGAAUUCGCCCAAUUGUAGUUGAUCCAGGGCUUUACUUGGCCAGGAGGACUCAAAUCUUUUAUGCCACAGAAAAGCGGCCAACACCUGAUGCUUUUAGAGUUUUCACAGGUUCACCGUGGGUUAUCUUAAGCCGAGCUUUUCUUCAAUACUGUAUUCUUGGAUGGGAUAACCUUCCUCGCACCCUUCUAAUGUAUUUUAACAACGCAAUUUUGCCCCAAGAAGUCUAUUUCCAUACCGUGAUUUGCAAUUCACUAGAGUUCAAGAACACGACGGUCAACAGUGAUCUGAGAUACAUGAUCUGGGACAAUCCUCCCAAGAUGGAUCCUCUUUUUCUCAAUUCUUCAGAUUAUAAUCAGAUGGUUCAGAGUGGGGCAGCCUUUGCAAGACAAUUUCAUAAAGAUGAUCCAGUGCUGGACAUGGUUGAUGAAAAGAUCCUCAAGCGUGGGCAUAACCGAGCUGCUCCAGGGGCGUGGUGCACCGGACGGAAGAGCUGGUGGGCGGAUCCAUGCUCGCAAUGGGGUGAUGUGAAUGUGGUGAGGCCAGGGCCUCAAGCCAAGAAGCUUGGGGAGACUAUAACCAGUCUUCUUGACGACUGGAGCACACACUCAAAUCAAUGCACGUGAUGGUUUGCUUAUGAACUGAACCGAAGAGCGAUGACCCCAGAAUUCGCAUACUGGUAGAGACGAUUCUUCUGUUCUGAUGCAUUGUCCGAUCCGGUCAUAUAGGAUCAGUUUACUACUGCACUAGAGUCAACACAACGCACGCGGCCUUUGCAGCCAAAUUUUUUUAAUGGGAUUCUGGUCAGAGAGUUUGGGUGAUGGAUGUGUAUACUUAGCCCGGAACCUUAUUCAUUAAGAGGAUUUUGGGAGGUUUGGUGGUUGGUAUUUAUAUAUUCAGAGAAGCCGCCAUCAGCUCCAAGAAGGCAUCAUCAUCAUCAUCAUCAUCAUCAUCAUUAUGGUUCUGUAUUUGUAGUAGCUUCCAUUUUUAUGCUGUUGUGUUGUGUUGUGUUAUGAUCUUGAUCUGCUGUAGUUUUUCCAGUUUUUGGCACAGCUUUAUAUCAUACCCAUGGGACAGUUUUAGACCAUUCUUUAGAAUUUUAAUCUGUUAGCCUCUCACUGUU